UCCGCUCACGCCUCGCUACGGAGGCGCAACUCGACAAGCGCAACAAUCCUCUCGACUCCCGACAGCCCACGACGACAUCUGUGGCCAUCCAGCAGACGCACUCCGCCAUCGAGUAACACCCGACGAUUAGUUGCACACAAUAAAGCAAGCAUCCGCACGCAUCAGUCCGCGAUGGCGUCCGGCUAUGGAAUGCACGGCGGCGUUGGCCGCUGCUUUCCCUUUUGGCAAGAGGUUAUGGCCUGCUACGUCGUCAAUACAUCUGCAGAGGACGACUCGGGCAAGAAAAAGUGCUCCCCAGUACUAGAAGACUACUACGAGUGCCUUCACCACAAGAAGGAGCACGCCAGGGCGCUGGCAAUGCAGGCAGCGUACGCGCGAUCCGAGUCGGCGACGUCACGAGACGGCGCUCCGAGUGCCAGGCAAAUACGGAACUUGGGCCUGCUGGGCAAGGAGGAGGAGUCCAAGAGUGUGAUUGGGAGCAGCUGAAACCCGUCCCGUGCUUCCGAUGGCGUGGGAAUCUUCCUGCGGUAUGCGAUCAGGUGUAUACUACCUGCUGGUUUGCAGCGUGAAUUGAUGGGGUAAUUCUCAUCGAGCCUCUUUAGUCCGA